UCAGUAUUUUUUUUUUCGCCCUCCUCAAUCUUCUCCAUCGCGUGCUUCCAUUUCCAUGGCUAAACCGAAGGCUCCAAGGCGAACCCUAGAGUCAUACUCAGUCAAACACAUAAGCAAAACCAUUAGAGCUGGCGAUUGCGUCCUUAUGCGGCCCUCGGAUCCGUCGAAACCGUCGUAUGUGGCUAGGAUCGAGCGGAUCGAAGCUGAUUCUCGAGGCGCGAACGUGAAGAUUCACGUCCGUUGGUACUACCGGCCGGAGGAGUCAAUCGGAGGUCGCCGCCAGUUUCACGGCUCCAAGGAGGUUUUCCUCUCCGAUCACUUUGACGUUCAGAGCGCUGACACCAUCGAAGGCAAGUGUACGGUCCACAGUUUCAAGAGCUACACCAAGCUCGAUGCUGUUGGGAAUGACGAUUUCUUCUGUCGCUUCGAGUACAAUUCCUCUACUGGCGCCUUCAAUCCUGACAGAGUCGCUGUGUAUUGUAAAUGUGAGAUGCCCUACAACCCUGAUGACCUAAUGGUGCAGUGUGAGGGCUGCAGUGAUUGGUUUCACCCUGCUUGUAUAGACAUGACUGUGGAGGAAGCAAAAAGACUUGACCACUUCUUUUGUGAAGGUUGUUCUGCCGAAGGUCAAAAGAAGUUGCAAAAUUCUCAUUCUGCUUCAAGACACUCAGAUACAAAGGUGGAUACUAAACGCCGUCGAAGGUAAUAGUGUGGUAGUAUAUAAGGCAUAAAAUGAGGUAGAUCUAUAAUGGAUGCUGUACUGGAGAUCUUGCUUUUCUAAUCCUGAGUAGGGGCCAAACAGACGGAGACAGUGUUAUCUAAUAGUAAGCUGUAGUCUUUCUACUUUCAUGGAAAGAGACUAAUUUGGAAAUAUUUGUCAUGUCUAUUUGGUUUGAGUACUCCAUCUUGUUUCCUUUGAAAGUGGAGGACGUGUUUAUGUAAUUAUAUAUAUGUAGAUUCUUCUCUUCUGGUCCUUGUUCUGACUCGGACUCUUGUAAAGUAUUUUGACUUAUUUAUGAGCAGUAGAGACUUUAUUCUUUC